UUAGCGCUUAGCCGAACAAGUGUAGACAGAAGACAACAACAACAGCAUGAUCCUAGCCAAACGCCAGGCUGAUGGACUACUAGGCCAGCAAUGGAUCCCGAGAACGAGUAUCAGCAGUGCAUGGCGACAAAUGUGUGGCUCUUGCUGACUAGCGAUCUGGCUCGAUGAGGAGGCUAAUUUUAUUGCUAAACGUCCAAUAAGGUGCUCAUUCUUUCCGAAGUUUUUAAACAUACUCUGCUGCUAAACAUCGACUCGAGUCUCUAUGUGCGAGUGUCUUCCGGCGGGAGCAGCAGCAGCAGCGGUGCCAUGAACAGUGGACUCCCCGCUUCAGCUGCUCCGCUCGGGGGUGUCGGGAUACCCGGUGUGAAAGUUAAAUUCUGUCGAUAUUAUGCUAAAGACAAGACUUGUUUUUACGGAGAUGAAUGCCAGUUUCUGCACGAGGACCCGUCCAUGGCGAGCCUUUCUCUGCACGGUGGUGGUGGUACAGGUGCUGGCGGCGGCGGAGGAGGAGGAGGAAGCCCCGUGUCUUUAUCUCUCGCCGGAGGAGCAGUGACCGCGGCGGGGUACGUGCUCGGGGGUAGCGCGGUUAGCGGCGUACCUGCGAGCGUUCCCAAAAAGAACGAUUCUCUCGGCCCCGAGGGACAGCUGUUGUCCAUCCCUGGGAUGGAGGGAGGUGCCCUGAAUGAUGCCAGUCUGACCAACUCGUACUUCAGCAGCACUUUUAUAGGGGUCAACGGAUUUGGAGGCCCAGCAGAAUCCAAAUAUUCAAUGAUGCAGAGGAUGACCAGCAGUAGCAGUUCUCCAAGUCUGCUGAAUGAUGGUGCCAAGAGCUAUAGCCACAGCACACAUGAUCCAGUAAAUUCCCCAACAUCAUCUCUAUUCAGUGACUUUGGUGCUUUAAGCAUAUCACAGAGGAGAAAGGCUCCUAACCCUGCAGCCAGCGAGUUUGUCCCUAAAGGGGCUCCACGAAUGGCCUCCAUGUCUCAGACUACCGUGCCAGCAUUCGCCUCUCCCAUUUUUCCUCAUCCUGGAUUGAGCAGCUCCACAGCGGCCGCUCUUGCACCUGGUAUGUCUCUCUCUGCUGGGUCAUCUCCGCUUCACUCGCCCAAAAUCACCCCUCACACCUCCCCAGCUCCUCGGCGGCGCAGCCACACGCCCAACCCCAACCCUAACCCAGCCAAUUAUAUGGUGCCCACCACUGCGCCUGACCAGGCAGGCGGAGCCCACAUAAUUCAAAAGGAGACUGUAGGCGGAACAACCUACUUCUAUACUGAUAACACCCCUGCUCCAUUGGCUGGAAUGGUGUUCCCAACAUAUCACAUGUAUCCGCAAACGGCACCUCAUGUGGCGUACAUGCAACCAAAAGCCAAUGCGCCAUCCUUUUUCAUGGCUGACGAACUCCGACAGGAGCUGAUAAACAGGCAUUUGAUAACGAUGGCACAGAUAGAUCAGUCUGAGAACCCUGGAGUGCCAUCUGAGGUUGACAGUUACCACAGCCUCUUUCCCCUGGAACCCCUUCCUCCCCCCAACCGUCUUCAGAAAACCAGCAAUUUCAGUUACAUCACUUCCUGUUACAAGGCAGUCAACAGCAAAGAUGACCUGCCUUACUGCCUCAGGAGGAUACAUGGCUUCAGGCUGGUCAACACCAAGUGUAUGAUGCUGGUAGACAUGUGGAAGAAGAUUCAGCACUCCAAUACUGUGACCCUCCGAGAGGUCUUUACCACCAAAGCUUUUGGAGACCACUCACUAGUUUUCUCCUAUGACUUCCAUGCGGGAGCAGAGACCAUGUUCAGCAGGCACUUCAAUGAUCCAGCGGCGGAUUCUUACUUUACGAAGAGAAAGUGGGGGCAACAUGAGCUCCCUCCUCCACGGCAACAUGCAGGCCUGUUACCAGAGUCUCUGAUUUGGGCCUACAUUGUCCAGCUAAGUUCAGCACUGCGCACCAUUCACACAGCUGGAUUGGCCUGCAGGGUCAUGGACCCCAGUAAAAUCCUCAUCACUGGAAAAACACGGUUACGGGUCAACUGUGUAGGAAUGUUUGAUGUCUUAACAUUUGACAAUAGUCAGACCAACCACCUGGCGCUGAUGCCCCAGUACCAGCAAGCAGAUCUCAUCUCACUGGGGAAGGUGGUGUUGGCUCUGGCGUGUAACUCUUUAGCUGGCAUUCAGAGAGAGAAUCUGCAGAAGGCCAUGGAGCUGGUGUCAAUCAACUAUUCGUCUGACCUCAAGAACCUUAUUCUGUAUCUGCUCUCAGAGCAAAGCCGUCUGCGCAGCGUCAAUGACAUUAUGCCUAUGAUUGGAGCACGCUUUUACACUCAACUUGAUGCCUCGCAAAUGAGGAAUGAUGUCAUUGAGGAGGACUUGGCCAAGGAGGUUCAAAAUGGACGAUUGUUCCGCCUACUGGCAAAACUGGGAACCAUCAAUGAAAGACCAGAGUUUCAGAAGGAUCCAACAUGGUCUGAGACUGGAGAUCGUUACCUGCUGAAACUCUUCAGAGAUCACCUGUUCCACCAGGUCACAGAGACCGGCACACCCUGGGUUGACCUCAGCCACAUUGUGUCCUGUCUCAACAAGUUGGACGCUGGAGUGCCGGAGAAGAUCAGUCUGGUGUCCCGGGAUGAGAAGAGCGUGCUCGUGGUGACCUACUCAGACCUGAAGCGCUGCUUUGAGAGCACCUUCCAGGAACUGCUGGCCACGGCGAACGGCCCCCUGUAACCCCAGCCAUCCCCACAGGAGUGGGCUGGAACUGCCUGAAAACAGAGCACAUUGCACUACAGCCUGGAAUCAUAGGUGCAGAACGAUGAUCUCACGACCAGGGCAGAGCCAGCUGGUUGCUCACCUCCAGUCAGAUACACUGUUGUUCUUCUAUCCAGAGAAACACCUUUUUCUAAAGCUUAUUUUUUUAGUUUUCACAACAAACUGUGCAGCUGCAGAAUUAUGAACUGAACUGAGAGCUGUGGCCAAUGAGUUUUUUUAAGACUUGGGAACAAUGUCCAAAAUAAUGACUUCCUGCUCUUAUUUUUAAUUUGUAUUUUUUUUUUGUUUUCGUUGGAGGAUGCACUAAACAUUUUAAGUUCCUUUUUUUAAGUGAUUGUGUGCGCACGUCCCACAGGGUUCAUACAGGGAGCACACAUGAAAUAGACACAAAACGAAACAAAAAAACAGAGCGCUUUCCACAUCAUCUCCUCCUGUUUUUUUAUGAGGUACUACAAUUUGGGACAGACCACUGGUCAUGUGUCCUGGACUCUGAUGGGACGAUGCGCCGGGUUGGGUUAAUCAAUGAGACUGACCACUGAAUGAAUGUGUGGUGAUGGUUAACGACUCUUGAUCAUGUCAGCCGAUUUACAGGCAGGAGGGACGUCAUUGGGUUUGUGGGUUUCCACGGCAUUCGCUGCCGCUGACAAAGAGGUGCUCUCUCUCUCCUCUUGCUGUGUAAAAUUGUUUAUUUGCGACCUUUUUAAUUUCACGGGCGCAUUAUCAGAUUUGAGAGGAUGGAUUUUUGUUGUCUUUUUUUUUUUUUUUGUUUUGUCAGGCUCUCGUGAAAGGAACCAAAGAACUGGACCACACUAGCAAGGGAAACCAGUUCGCUCUGAUGGUGGAAUGAAUGUCCUCUUCUUAAGCGUCCACUUCGUCAUUCUUUUCGUUUCUCACAUCCGCUAGUAUUGGUUUUGAUCUAGUGAAUGUCAGUAGAGCUCUCUUGUGUUCCUCACCAAGCUGUUGUACAGAGAUGCAUGAUGGGAUGUUUCUCACCUCACUCUGUGGACCAAUCCCAGCAAAGGACGGUUGGGAUUGUAUCAGUUUCUUUCUUUAUGUGAUUUGAUCAUGCGACAACAUCCGUAAAUCAGUUUGGAAUUCGCUCAGGAUGAUGAUGAUGAUGAUGAUGACAGGAAUAUGCCAAUGGCUGAAUGUGUCUGACCUGUCAUUGGUGACUGCCCGAUCUGUGAGUCGAGGACCCGCGCAGGACCUGCAGCACAGAUUGGGCUGUGCAGGUUACAGCAGGCCAGAACUGCAGUGAGGAUGCUGUGAGUUCAAUCUACCUUCCCCUGCCCUCCCUCUCUCUCUCUUCUUUAUUUUCUUUUUAAAGUAAACCAAUCAGUAAUAUAACUUGGUGAACAUGGUGCCAAGCCCGUAUCUCUUUCUUCAUCAUACACACACCAACAUUUAUACACACCUUUUAGUGGCCGAUCUGUCAUAUCAUGAACUCCGAUUCCAGUGGAGCGCACUCCAGACAUACACACACACACACACACAUACAUACACUCACGUACAUGAAAUCCUCCUUCACACCCCCCAGUAUGUUUUAUGCCCUUCUUGUGUUUGUCACAUUUUUUCUGCAAUAUUUGUGUGUACAGCAGUAUUUUAAUAAAGAGUAAAUAAAAGUUAAGAUUGA